AUAAACCCUAGGGCCUAGGGUUUGUGGUUUUCUUGGGGAGCAAGCACGAUGCAGGCCAGCGAUCGAUUCAACAUAAACUCGCAGCUAGAGCAUCUCCAGGCCAAGUAUGUGGGCACUGGGCACGCCGACCUCAAUCGAUUCGAGUGGGCGGUGAACAUCCAGCGCGAUAGCUAUGCCUCGUACAUCGGCCACUACCCGCUGCUCGCCUACUUCGCCAUCGCCGAGAACGAAUCGAUCGGGCGCACGCGCUACAAUUUCACGCAGAGGAUGCUCCAGCCCUGUGGAUUGCCGCCCGAGAGGGAGGAAGAAGCAUAGCUAAUCAAUCUAGAACUCCCCAGAAGCUCGUAAUGCGUGUGUAGAUCAUGGCACAGCUCCAUUGUUUGAGAUGCCAGGAAGAAGCAUCUACCAUAGCUAUGACUGGAAUAUGCUAA